AUGUCAACUAAAGCAUCACUCCACGAGUAUAACCCGCUAAGGGGGAGUAAUACCGCCCAAACCAAGGCAUCACUCCACGAGUAUAACCCGCUAAGGGGGAGUAAUACCGCCCAAACCAAGGCAUCACUCCACGAGUAUAACCCGCUAAGGGGGAGUAAUACCGCCCAAACCAAGGCAUCACUCCACGAGUAUAACCCGCUAAGGGGGAGUAAUACCGCCCAAACCAAGGCAUCACUCCACGAGUAUAACCCGCUAAGGGGGAGUAAUACCGCCCAAACCAAGGCAUCACUCCACGAGUAUAACCCGCUAAGGGGGAGUAAUACCGCCCAAACCAAGGCAUCACUCCACGAGUAUAACCCGCUAAGGGGGAGUAAUACCGCCCAAACCAAGGCAUCACUCCACGAGUAUAACCCGCUAAGGGGGAGUAAUACCGCCCAAACCAAGGCAUCACUCCACGAGUAUAACCCGCUAAGGGGGAGUAAUACCGCCCAAACCAAGGCAUCACUCCACGAGUAUAACCCGCUAAGGGGGAGUAAUACCGCCCAAACCAAGGCAUCACUCCACGAGUAUAACCCGCUAAGGGGGAGUAAUACCGCCCAAACCAAGGCAUCACUCCACGAGUAUAACCCGCUAAGGGGGAGUAAUACCGCCCAAACCAAGGCAUCACUCCACGAGUAUAACCCGCUAAGGGGGAGUAAUACCGCCCAAACCAAGGCAUCACUCCACGAGUAUAACCCGCUAAGGGGGAGUAAUACCGCCCAAACCAAGGCAUCACUCCACGAGUAUAACCCGCUAAGGGGGAGUAAUACCGCCCAAACCAAGGCAUCACUCCACGAGUAUAACCCGCUAAGGGGGAGUAAUACCGCCCAAACCAAGGCAUCACUCCACGAGUAUAACCCGCUAAGGGGGAGUAAUACCGCCCAAACCAAGGCAUCACUCCACGAGUAUAACCCGCUAAGGGGGAGUAAUACCGCCCAAACCAAGGCAUCACUCCACGAGUAUAACCCGCUAAGGGGGAGUAAUACCGCCCAAACCAAGGCAUCACUCCACGAGUAUAACCCGCUAAGGGGGAGUAAUACCGCCCAAACCAAGGCAUCACUCCACGAGUAUAACCCGCUAAGGGGGAGUAAUACCGCCCAAACCAAGGCAUCACUCCACGAGUAUAACCCGCUAAGGGGGAGUAAUACCGCCCAAACCAAGGCAUCACUCCACGAGUAUAACCCGCUAAGGGGGAGUAAUACCGCCCAAACCAAGGCAUCACUCCACGAGUAUAACCCGCUAAGGGGGAGUAAUACCGCCCAAACCAAGGCAUCACUCCACGAGUAUAACCCGCUAAGGGGGAGUAAUACCGCCCAAACCAAGGCAUCACUCCACGAGUAUAACCCGCUAAGGGGGAGUAAUACCGCCCAAACCAAGGCAUCACUCCACGAGUAUAACCCGCUAAGGGGGAGUAAUACCGCCCAAACCAAGGCAUCACUCCACGAGUAUAACCCGCUAAGGGGGAGUAAUACCGCCCAAACCAAGGCAUCACUCCACGAGUAUAACCCGCUAAGGGGGAGUAAUACCGCCCAAACCAAGGCAUCACUCCACGAGUAUAACCCGCUAAGGGGGAGUAAUACCGCCCAAACCAAGGCAUCACUCCACGAGUAUAACCCGCUAAGGGGGAGUAAUACCGCCCAAACCAAGGCAUCACUCCACGAGUAUAACCCGCUAAGGGGGAGUAAUACCGCCCAAACCAAGGCAUCACUCCACGAGUAUAACCCGCUAAGGGGGAGUAAUACCGCCCAAACCAAGGCAUCACUCCACGAGUAUAACCCGCUAAGGGGGAGUAAUACCGCCCAAACCAAGGCAUCACUCCACGAGUAUAACCCGCUAAGGGGGAGUAAUACCGCCCAAACCAAGGCAUCACUCCACGAGUAUAACCCGCUAAGGGGGAGUAAUACCGCCCAAACCAAGGCAUCACUCCACGAGUAUAACCCGCUAAGGGGGAGUAAUACCGCCCAAACCAAGGCAUCACUCCACGAGUAUAACCCGCUAAGGGGGAGUAAUACCGCCCAAACCAAGGCAUCACUCCACGAGUAUAACCCGCUAAGGGGGAGUAAUACCGCCCAAACCAAGGCAUCACUCCACGAGUAUAACCCGCUAAGGGGGAGUAAUACCGCCCAAACCAAGGCAUCACUCCACGAGUAUAACCCGCUAAGGGGGAGUAAUACCGCCCAAACCAAGGCAUCACUCCACGAGUAUAACCCGCUAAGGGGGAGUAAUACCGCCCAAACCAAGGCAUCACUCCACGAGUAUAACCCGCUAAGGGGGAGUAAUACCGCCCAAACCAAGGCAUCACUCCACGAGUAUAACCCGCUAAGGGGGAGUAAUACCGCCCAAACCAAGGCAUCACUCCACGAGUAUAACCCGCUAAGGGGGAGUAAUACCGCCCAAACCAAGGCAUCACUCCACGAGUAUAACCCGCUAAGGGGGAGUAAUACCGCCCAAACCAAGGCAUCACUCCACGAGUAUAACCCGCUAAGGGGGAGUAAUACCGCCCAAACCAAGGCAUCACUCCACGAGUAUAACCCGCUAAGGGGGAGUAAUACCGCCCAAACCAAGGCAUCACUCCACGAGUAUAACCCGCUAAGGGGGAGUAAUACCGCCCAAACCAAGGCAUCACUCCACGAGUAUAACCCGCUAAGGGGGAGUAAUACCGCCCAAACCAAGGCAUCACUCCACGAGUAUAACCCGCUAAGGGGGAGUAAUACCGCCCAAACCAAGGCAUCACUCCACGAGUAUAACCCGCUAAGGGGGAGUAAUACCGCCCAAACCAAGGCAUCACUCCACGAGUAUAACCCGCUAAGGGGGAGUAAUACCGCCCAAACCAAGGCAUCACUCCACGAGUAUAACCCGCUAAGGGGGAGUAAUACCGCCCAAACCAAGGCAUCACUCCACGAGUAUAACCCGCUAAGGGGGAGUAAUACCGCCCAAACCAAGGCAUCACUCCACGAGUAUAACCCGCUAAGGGGGAGUAAUACCGCCCAAACCAAGGCAUCACUCCACGAGUAUAACCCGCUAAGGGGGAGUAAUACCGCCCAAACCAAGGCAUCACUCCACGAGUAUAACCCGCUAAGGGGGAGUAAUACCGCCCAAACUAAGGUAUCACUCCACGAGUAUAACCCGCUAAGGGGGAGCAAUACCGCCCAAACAACGGCAUCACUCCACGAAUAUAACCGCUAA